GCUGGCCACCCAUUUCAACAGCGCUGUGCCCAAUCAGCUUAUUCAAAUAGCAAGCAGAAAUGGGAGGCUCCUGUAUACCUCCUUUUCUUGGAUUGCGUCUGGCAGAUCCUUCGUCAGUUUCCUUGCUCCUUUGAGUUCAACUAUCAUUUUCUCAUCAUGCUCUUUGAACAUUCUUACGCCUCUCAGUUUGGAACUUUCCUGGGUAACAAUGAAAAUGAAAGGUCUAAGCUUAAAUUGUCUCAGAAGACAAUGUCCUUGUGGUCCUGGGUGAAUCGGCCAGAAGAGCUCAAUCGAUUUAAGAACCCUCUCUUUGAAGCCAACAGUCUAGUCAUCUGGCCUUCUGUUGCACCACAAAGUCUGCAGCUGUGGGAAG